AUGCAAGGCCUCAUUGCUUUGAGGAGCUCUCCAUGCUUUCUUCACAGUCACCCUCGUUAUUCCAAUACAAAACAUCUUGUAUCUAAACCUCACUGCAGUUUACGAAAGCAGAACACAAGUAAUCUAAGAAGCACUUUGCCAUCCAUUUCCCUCUCACUUUUCGGUUCAGGGUUCUUCUUAGGUCCCCUCAUCGAUGGACUUCACUCAAGGGUGAAUCUUGUGGUCUACCAAAAUGGGUCAAUCGACAUCGGUCUUCUUCACACAAACAUUUGGGUUCCUCCCUUGCUUGGACUAUUUUACUGCACUGUUGGGUUGCUGCAACUGUUCUUGGAUCAAAGGGCACCUUCAAAGGUUCCAGAAGGAAGCCUAGAGAAAACAGCUAUUGCAUUAGUAGCACUAUUGCUAUUCAUCGAAUUGAGUGCUGAAAUGUAUAGAGCUGGAAUACCAGACAACAUCGAGGCUUACAUAUUAUUUGCAUUAGCAGAAUUGAUAUGGUUUUCCCUAGACAGAACAUGGAUUGGAUUCACCCUGGCUUCCAUCAUAGGCCUCUGCUGUCCGCUAGCUGAAAUUCCCAUUAUGAAGUUGUUCCACCUUUGGUAUUACCCACAAGCAAACUUUGAGAUCUUUGGCCAGGGUUUAGUCACGUGGACAGCCACUUGCUACUUUGUUUACACACCAUUUUUAAUCAGUUUAUCCCGUUGGUUGAGAUCGAUGAUAACUCCUGCCGACAAUUCUGCAUAG